CAAAACACUUCAAUCGACCACAAUCAAUCUCAUCCUUACAUCGCACAAACCACCUCUCAUCAACCAUAAGAUUGACUAGGUGAUUUUUGACCUGGUGCUCACCCACCAUCCUUUGUAUAACUCAACUAGUGGUCGCUUUCCUUUCUUCCAGGCAUGUUCUUGAACCUCAAACCUUUAUACGGUUACACGCGGUAUAUCUCCAAGCGGAGACGGAGAACCUGCACAAUCUAGACCACACACACAUCGAUUGCAUUCACUCGAGCCCCAUCUAGCUGGCCUCAACUUUCGGUCUCCAACAACAUCAGCUCGCGAGUCGCAGCCUCCCGCGCGACACCAAGCACUGAAGGGACUCGGACCUUCCACUUGUACUCAGCGCAGGCGACCGCGAAGGAACGCCACAGGAGAACAUACUACCCUUCACACACGUUCACGACGUGACCAACCCCCCACCGAACACACUCUCAGCUACGGCUAGACGGUUGACAAUCGGCGCAAAAUGGAUCAUUAUCGAGCUUAUGAGCUCCAUUUUCGCUUCAGCAGAGAGGUAGACGAGCUCGAAAAGGAGCUCGAGACCGAAAAGCAAAAUGCAUCACAGGAGCUGCAGAAAGCGAAAAAUGAGAUUGAAAACAGAAGGCUCGAGGAAAGGUCAAUGCUCCAGAAAAGACUCGGUACAAUACCUCUACCUCCAGAUCUCGAGCAGUUCAUUGAAGAUAAGCGGGACUUCUAUCUGCGUCAAGCUACUCAAAACUACGAGAAAAGGUUGGAGAAUGACCGGAAACAGUUUAUUGAAAAGGUUUCCGCCGUGAACGAGAAAUGGAGAAUGCUACCAUUCGACAUAGAAGAAGAUUUGGUAGGUUCCACGCCACCUACGGAGCUGCCAAUAUCGAAACUGUCGUUAGACACCAGGGCUGGAACACCCAUUUCCAUGCCCUCUCCCAUGCAAGCUCAACCGGCGGUAAAACUCCCUGUCUCUCACUUAUCAAACAAGCGCCCUAUUACAGAGAUUCAGUCUCCUAACGAGAACCUCGCAAUCGAGCAACCGGCAAAGCGCCCAUCCGCGAAACGAUCCAUCACUUUCGAUGAGGUGUACCAAGAAGGCAAUGCUAAGUUCAAGCAUAUUAUAGUCGAGUACCCUCCCGAGAGCGGAGAGUUUUACAUUCUCAAGUGUGAUGACCAUGGAGUUCACUUUGGAGCCAAUCCUCUUGCGGGAGCUGCUAAGCACCUAGCAAGCAAGAUGCAUGACCAUCAGUCAAAGAACUAUAGUGUUGCUAUUGACACGCUAGGUUUGCGCGUCAUUGGGUGUAAUGCAGAACUGGCACGCAGGAACAACACGGCGGUCGAAGAAGCUGCUGUAAACGGCUACAAGCCGGUUAACUUACUUCAACUAAGCGUGGGAAGACGAGCGCGAUAUGUGGAGGCGAAUCCCGAGUUUGCUAAUUCCUUUUCCACCCCCAUACCUUCGCUAGCCUCGCCAGCCGCUGAGGCACCUUCGGCAAUGGCACCGCCUCCAUCUCGAGGAACAGAUAGUCCGGCAAUGGCACCACCUCCAUCGCGAGAUACUUGUACCCCUAGUCCGGCGAAAGAUCGACGGAAGAGCUUGCAUUUACGGACACCGUCUGAUCGCAGCACGCGCUCAGCUGUCCUCAUCCCUGAUCCUAAACCAGCUAGCCUCUACAAAGGGUUUUGGGUUCAAGACAAGCGGCAUUAUCCUGUUAUGGUAUUGCCGGUGAAAGAGGCAGACUUGAGUUCAGUCGGACUUGAAAAGACGUUGGAGGAUACCAAGCUCUUGCAGACUGUGCCUCUCUGCUAUAAACUUGAUAAAACAGCUGGAAAGAUCAAGUUCGAAGGGUGGGCCCCGGGAUACGAGGAUGGCGGGCCUUUGGUCAAGCUUAGGCAGGUUCCGGUCAUGUAUUUUGACCGAGACAUGUCGUUUGGCUGGCUCUCGAUCAAGGACAUUUCAGCGUUUGACUUUGAUGACCCGGACUGGCGUCAGAUACCCUAUUUUCAAAAGGCUGUCGAGCACUGGGAAAGUCUGAACAAGGCUAGCACGACUGCUAGCAGUGCAACAAUCGGUGGUGCAGAACAACCUCGCCUGGAAUCCAACUCGGAAGGGGCAACUCUGCCAGAACCCACACAAAAUCCAACAGCCCCGGCAGCAGCAGCAGUAGCAGCACCAACGGAGUCAACAUCAUCAACGGAGCCAACCGCAUCAACUGAGCCAACAGCAGCUGCGUGUCGAUCCCAAUCUGUCUCGGCGGCAGCCCCGGAACCCACAAAGAAGCCGGCAAUUCCAGCAGCAGCAGCGGCGGCACCAAAAACAGCACAGCCUCGACCUCAACCUAUCUCUGCGGCUGUCUCUAACCCUCCGGCACAAACUUCCACAGAGGAUGUGACUCCAGCUGCUCCGACAGCAGUAGCAACACCACCAACUGCCGCCGCAGCUCCCACAAUGUCAACACCUGUUGCUUCUAGCACUGUGAGUGCACCAAUCCAGUUGGGUCCGAAUGCAAACAGUAUUCCUCCGGCCGUGGUACGGUUGGCAGAAAUCGCCAAGACCGACCCCCAGCUUAGGGCUCUGAUAGAUAGAGUUGGAUCGAAAGAGGGUACUAAGGAGGAGAAUGAACGGUUAGAGCGCAUCGUCGACCAGAUUGCUUCGGAGCUUAGUAGCUCCGGGGAAGCGGUAGCAGCUACGGUUCAGCUUUUACAGCCCAAGUCGGUCAGUUCAGGCCCCAAGAACAUGAAGGGUCACGGCACAGGCCUUAGAUCGCCAGAGUCAUCUAAGCCGCCCACUCCGCACUUGACAAAGGCAGCAAUUUCACCGGCGGCGGCGGCUCCGGCUCCCUUGGUAACGGCAGGCCCGACGCCAGACUCUAGCACAGCUAGCUCGCGUACCACCUCUCCAACUGAAGUCCCCGCCCCUACGUCUACCUCAAUCCACAACCCGCCCGUGAAGCCCUCGCCUGUCAAGCCCUCGCCCGUCAAGCCCCCGCCCGUCAAGCCGGCAACCUUUGUCAAACCCGAGAAUGGGGUUACGACGACGGCGAAGACGACACAACCUCAGAAUCAGAACGAGAAGUUUGAAGUGACCAUCGAAAAGGGCAGCUGGAACGUAGAUACCAAUGGCGCUACGGAGGACAAGCUCUCAGUCCGGUUGAUAGCAUGCAACCAAACCAAGAUUGCUUCCACAGCGCCCGGUCUUCCGUAUAAGAACUGCCCAUACAAGUUCGAGAUCGAUCCCAACAAGUUUGCCAACGUCAUUGUCGAGAAUUGCCCAUCGAGCCCCAGCGCGAAGACGAUCGUAACCCUCGUAUUGAAGAAGGGGCGUGAGGGCAGUGGAGAUAGGACGGUGGUCUUGACGUUUGAUCGAUUCGUAAAUCCGGACACUAAAACGGUAGAGAGCGGGCGGGUGCAGGCGAGACGAUUCUGUCGAUGGUUGAGGGGGGUCAACACGAGCAUUGCCUACUCUAACAAGAGUUUCCAAUAGAUGUUCAAUCCUCGUCCGGUCUCGUUGGGAGAAUUUAUUUCAGUGAUGAUAAGACCGGCAAGAGUCAGGCGCGCAUGCGCUAGGAGUGUCAACGGACGACGUUUGACGGUCAAGAUCAAGGAGAACAGGGCGGCUCGCCGAGAUGAUGUGGUUCUGGUUGGUCGCUACGGUCAUGGCUGCUCUUUUGCCAAACAGUACCUGAGGAGACAACAUUCUUUGGGUAUGGGAGGUUAACGGUCUAGUCAAGGUGUACUUCAAGGUACAUACAUAUUACGGGUUAUGAGACUUUUAGAACGGCAUAUCUUUAUAUGGGUUCUGGUAGGAAUGCCUGGGUUCAUCUUUAGGCAGUACCAGCCUCAGCCCGUCGAGCCAGUGUGGACGGCUGCGUCUGUCCUGGACACUCGCCCUGCCUUUACAACACAGAUUUGGAGUGUUGAUUUUUUUAGAUUUUAGGGAAAUCCAGCAUGGUCUAUAAGCCUACUGCAACAUCCAUGCCCACUACUA